AUGUAUCGGAAGUUGUCUAAGUUAGAACACUCGGAAAUAAAACAACUUCUUACAGAAGCUAACAUAGAUGUUGCAAAACAUUACGCAACAAACAAAAAAGCACUCGCUGACAUCCUCAAUGACUAUAAUGGUGCAAUAAGUUAUGAUAGAAUUCAUGAGUUCAUAAAGCCGCAACGCGGCGAGGACGAAGUCCAUGCAAGAGCAUUUCCUUUAAAUGACGUUGCUAUUGACUUAUAUCAUAGACGUUCAGUACCUCAUGAAGUAAGAAGAGAAAUGUUUGACAUAACAAAUGCAAACGUUGGUGAAACAAGAAGAAGAGACGACACACUGAAACAACAGAGAAGAGAGAUGUUUAAGAGCGCUAUAGAACAAGUUCGCAAAGCUAACGAUGUCAUUCGUUCCAUUGACGACAAACCAAAAGAAGGUGAGAGAUGGUUAAAGAAAGAUGAAGAGAAUAGGAAGAGGAAUGUUAAGACAGGCAAUAGACUCAUUGACUUUAACAUCGAAGCUUUAGAUGAACCAAACAGAGACUACUUACACAAACAUUUCGGUAAGG